CUUAUACAUAAGCUGCUGCAACGAGCAGUAGAGUACACGGACGUCUCAAAUCGCAAGUUUAGCAAUUGUUAUAUUGCGAGAACAGAGUUGAGUUUUCUAAUUUCAAAUUUUAAAGUUAAUAUAAAUUGGAAAAGCUACACAAGAUGUCUGGCCCACCGCCCCACGUUGAAAAAGAUUUGGAUUUGAGUAAUGCGGGACGAGGAGUGUGGCUGGUCAAAGUUCCCAAAUACAUAGCCAACAAAUGGGAAAAAGCUCCGGGCAAUAUAGAAGUCGGAAAACUCAAAAUAACUAAAAAUCCCAAACAAAAAGCUGAAGUUUCGCUGAGACUAUCCGAAGCUGUUUUGGCUUUAAAGGAACCUGGAGAAGAGGAAAUACCAAAACAACACAGAUUAGAUGUAACAACAGUUACCACUCAAAUGCUUGGUGUUUUUUCACAUGUCACCCCUUCCAGCACUUCGGACUCUGUUGUACCUGAGACGGAGAAGCUCUACAUGGAAGGCAGAAUAGUACAAAAACUUGAAUGUCGACCCGCCGCCGAUUCCUGCUACAUGAGACUCAAAAAAGAAAGCAUAAAAAAAGCUUCUGUUCCUGUUAGGCAAAUUCAACAACUAGAACGAGUAGUCCAGAAUUUCAAACCAGUGUCGGAUCACAAACAUAAUAUUGAAUAUGCUGAGAAAAAGAAGGCAGAGGGGAAAAAAAUGCGGGACGACAAGGAUGCUGUGAUGGAUAUGUUGUUCGCUGCAUUUGAGAAACAUCAGUAUUACAAUAUCAAAGAUCUCGUUAAAAUAACGAAACAACCAGUAGUCUACUUGAAAGAGAUCCUAAAUGAGGUGUGCAAUUACAAUCUGAAGAAUCCUCAUAGGAACAUGUGGGAAUUGAAACCAGAGUAUCGUCAUUACAAAGAGGACAAACCAGCGGAAUCGGCGAUGAAAGUUGACGAUUCAGAUUCCAAUUGACCAAAUGAAAAUGUCCAUUCGAUCAAAAACUAUCAAGUAGACCAAUUUUUGUAUCUCGUGAGAUAUGAGGAAGAUGAAAUAAUUACAAUCGCGCGUAAGGCUGUGAAA